CGACUGAAACGUCAGUAUGAGGCGAACUACGGCGGCUAACGUGUUUACACACGUAGUGCAGUGAAAUGGGGGACUUCAGAGUGACCGGUGCGACUCGUCUGUAUUUUAUCUUGUUCUGUACAAUUAUUAAAGCUGUUAUUAGUACGGGCAUGGGAAAAUGUCCGAUAUACCCACAGUUCCCGAAUUUUGAAAUGACAAGGAUGGUAGGACCGUGGUACGAGGUCGAGAGAUCAUUUCAUUUAAUAGAGAUCGCGGCAAGUUGCACCGAAAUACACACCAGUAUCAACGAGAGGGGGUAUUUCGUCAUCAACGUACACACUACCAAUAGAUGGACUGGAAACCCAUCAACAUCUUAUGGACUUGGAAUUCCUAGUCACACGGGUUCCUCUGCCUUCCGUUAUAAACUCAAUAAUCGGAUGCCAUACGUCAUUGGACGUAUGCUACCAGGCGCCGGACAAUACAAUAUAUUAUUUACAGAUUACGAUAAUUUCGCACUCAUUUGGUCCUGCACCAAUUAUAGCAUUGCACAUUCAGAUCGCAUAUGGGUGUUAGGCCGGGAACGCGAAAUCGACGCUACUCUUCGCGCGCAAAUAUACGCUAUCAUGCAAGAACUGAACUUAGACCCCGAUCGACUAAUUAUCUCUAAGAAUAACAAUUGCACCAGUGCACCUUAUAGUGAUACACAUUAUGCGUAAACCAUAUUAAAUAUUAUUUUUUUUAAUAAAAACCUGUAGUUUUUCAAGGAAUUUAAAAAAACAUCACGUAAUUACAGGCUACAGGUUAACAGAUAAGUUUUUUAACAUGUUAAUGUUAAGCAAAAAUUGUUGCAUCAUUUUUGCUUCGGCUUAAUUUCUGUAUUUAUUCAAACGUUAUUAAAGGAAACAAAAAUGUAUUCUGUAAAAAUAUUUAUUUACAACAAAUAUUGCAAGUUAAAAGCAUUGUAUAAAAAUGCAAUAAACUUCAGGUAACAUGAA